ACUUGAUCAUGUGACUGCAGUCCAGUGAAGAUCAGCUGCCGACUCAGACUUUCAGGAUGAGCGCCGUGCUCCUCUUCCUCCUCGUCGGGGGUCCGGUGCUGCUGGUCGCCUCUAAACCGGUUCAGGAAACCAGCAACGGCUCCGUACCGCUGGUGCUGUGGCACGGGAUGGGCGACAGCUGCUGCAACCCGCUCAGCAUGGGAUUCAUAAAGAAGAUGAUCGAGGAGGAGAUCCCCGGGAUCUACGUGGUCUCUCUGAUGAUCGGGAAGAACGUGAUGGAGGACACAGAAAACGGCUUCUUCAUGGACGUCAACCGGCAGGUGUCGCUGGUCUGCAGCACUCUGGCCCGGGACCCCCGCCUGCAGGGAGGCUACAACGCCAUGGGCUUCUCCCAGGGGGGGCAGUUCCUGAGAGCCGUGGCUCAGCGAUGUCCGUCUCCUCCAAUGAAAACUCUGAUUUCCGUGGGCGGCCAGCACCAAGGGGUGUACGGGCUGCCCAGGUGUCCCGGAGAGAACUCCACCCUCUGCGACAUGAUCCGGAAAUUGCUGAACAGCGGGGCGUACUCCGACCUGGUGCAGAAACACCUGGUGCAGGCGCAGUACUGGCACGACCCGCUCAACGACGACCUGUACAGGAAGCACAGCCUCUUCCUGGCCGACAUCAACCAGGAGCGGGUCGUGAACGAGACGUACAAGAAGAACCUGCAGCUGCUGCAGCGGUUCGUCCUGGUCAAGUUCCUGCGGGACUCGGUGGUCGACCCCGUGGACAGCGAGUGGUUCGGCUUCCUGAAGACCGGACAGGCCAAGGAGACGGAGACGCUGCAGGAGAGCGCGCUCUACAAGGAGGACCGCCUGGGCCUCGCCGCCAUGGACGCCGCCGGGAAGCUGGUGUUCCUGUCCUGCGACGGCGAUCACCUGCAGUUCACCAGGGAGUGGUUCAAAGAGAAGCUGCUGCCCUUCCUGCAGUGACGGCGGUCGCCUGGCGCUGCUCCGCCCGCACCGAUCCUCCUGCUUCAGCUUCAGAAUGAGACUUUAACCACGAGCCGGUCCCUCGCGUCGCUCUGAACCCAGAACAACUGACAUGAUGUCUGCAGAAUCAACAGGAAAUUGUGAACUUUAAAAAUGUUUUCUCUGUUUUAUGUGAAGUGAUUAACCUGUUCAUGCCUCCGAGCCAAUAAAGACAAAACAACCUGC